CUCCAGCAGCCCGCGACCCUAGUGAGGAUAAGCGGUAAAGAAAAUGGAUGGAUGGAUGGAUGGGCUGAUUAAUGAUCAUUGUUACAAUUACGAGUUAUGAUUUCAUACUACAUUAAACUUACAUCUGUCCAUCCGUCCAUUUUCUGUACCGCUUCUCCUCACGAGGGUCGUGGGUGUGCUGACGCCCAUCCCAGCUGAAUCUGGGUGAGAGGCGGAGUACAUCAUAAAGUGCUCACCAGCCAAUCGCAGGGCACAUAUAAAUAAACAGCCAUUCGCACUCACAUUCACACCUACGGACAAUUUUGAGUCCUCAAUCAACCUACCAUGCAUGUUUUUGGAUGUCGAGGAAACCGGAGUACCCGGAGAAAACCCACGCAGGCACGGUGAGAACAUGCAAAGGGAUUUGAACCCCGGUCCUCAGAACUGUGAGGCAGAUGUGCUAACCAGUCGUCCACCGUGCCAUUAAACCUAAAGUUGAAUUAUUUUCUCAUCAAUGAGCUGGCCCAUGUGUGUAAAAAUCCGUUUGCGAAGUAUUCGUUUAAACAAAUGUGCCAUUUAAUAAAGAUUGUUAAUGUAUUAUUUUGAAUAAAGAACGCAACGAAGAUGAAUUAAUUUAUUAUUAAAAUAUUAAAUGAAUCGCACGGCGUCGUUGGAGUUCCUUGUUCUGCCAGCGGGCGUCGCUGUUUUGGAACGUCAACGUGGGUGCACGGGCUGGCGGGUACGCGCGCUCUUGGACACGGCGGGCAAGCGCCUUCGUCCUCGUCACUCGGUCCGCGUGCGUGCGUGCAUGCGAAGCUGCUGCAGUGCAUGCAGUCAUGGCAGCAGCGGCGGCGCCUGGCCUGAGCGACCUGUCCCGUCUGUACCAGACCGAGUUUGUUCGUAGCGCCCGUGCAGUGGGCGUCCUGUGGGCUGUGUGCACGUUGUGCUUCGCCGUCAUCCAGGUAGUCAUCCUGGUGCAGCCGUCGUGGAUCGGAACCGCUGACAUCCACCACCCGGGGACGGGGCCGGCGUCACCCAGCGGCACCCUGGGAUUAUUUGAGGUGUGUCUGGAGUCAGACCGACCCAUUCCAGAUUGCCGCGGCCGUCUGUCCAGCCUGUCCCCUCUGCCGUCCUUCCAGUCGGUGGCGGUCUUGGUGGGCGUGUCCCUGUGGGCGGUGUGGACCAGCGUAGUCUGUCUCUGCCUGUUCCGAUUCUGCAGCGCCGCCACCGUCUACAAGAUCUGCGCCUGGCUGCAGCUCACAGCAGGGUUCUGCUUAGCAUUGGCGUGCCUGCUGUUCCCCGACUCGUGGGAGAGUCCGGAGAUGAGAGUCCUGUGCGGCGACUCGGUGGGCAGCUUCUCAUCUGGGAACUGCUCGGUCCACUGGGCCUUUAUCCUGGCCAUCCUGGGCGUUUUGGAUGCCGCCAUCUUGGCCACGCUUGCGUUUGUGCUGGCUAACAGACAAGAUGCCCUCCUACCGCCACUCGGCAAGGAAGUGACUACAGGAUUGCUGAUGUCAGCGUAGACAUCAUGUGACUCGUCUUCCUCCUCAACGCAAAACAAUGAUAUCAUCAUCACUGUGACAUCAUCAUGAUAUCAUGAAGACAAAUCUACGCAGUAUAGAAGAUGGAGCUGUUGUUUUUUUUUUUUUUAUCAGCUUCUUGUGUUGAACAACCACGUCACGUGUUUAGCUGUUAGCAUCGUUAGCUCAUUUCCUUUCCCAACCUUAAUGGAAGGCGAGCUCCUUCACUUAACGUCGUUAGCCUCAGUCAAGUGCGGUACACACAUAUGGCUCAUCGGGACAAAUUUGAGCAUUCCCCACCUCCCCUUGGUCAACCCAUAUGAUCAAAAUAAGCAAAUGCCCGAUUGCGGGAUGCCCUAAAAGGUAGUCAUGAGCCAUUUUCUUGUGUUGUGCUGUGUGAUAAGCAUCAAUUUUGUGUCCAUUAAGUCAUUCCCAACAAAAAUGACAACCACUGCAAUGAAGUUACCAGAUAAACUAACAGUUAGCUAAAGCUUUUCCUAUUUCCAACAAAUAAAGUUUUUUCAUCCGUA